AUGAUGAUAUCUGUUGUAUUGGGUAUUAUGCUUGCAUCUAGGUUAUCUGGUCAACAUUUCAUUAUAGCAAUUGAACGACAUACGCCUAACGAUGGUCAAACCGCAAAUCCUGAAAAAGCAAACAAAAUUAGUUCAAGAUUUAAACGAUUCUUUGGUUUAACAUCAAAAUCUCAGCAACCUGUAAUGUCUGUUAAAGGAUUCAAAAUAGGAAUGUGUACGUUCAAAUAUGCUCAUUUUCAAUCAGAUCCGGAAAAGAUGAUAACAAGUAAUGAAUCAUUGACAACUGUUCCACCUGAUGCAUGUGUUGUCGAAUAUGAAUCAGAAAAUGAACAGAAAAAACGAGAACAACGACAGAAAGAUCGAGAUAGGAUAAAACAAACUCGUGAAGAAUUAAAAAACAAAUAUAAUUCGCAGACUUCGUAA